AUGAACUUUUCCGGCAAUGCCAGCUCUGCCGCUCAACCAAUGAGGGACGCGUUUGCGGCGGCGGUGGCCAAGAACGUGGUGGUGGCCAUCUUGUGCCUGCUCAUCAACUACAUCAACAGCACGCUGGUGCACACCUUCUUCCGCAGCCGCAGCUUCACGGAGAACCCGCGCUACAUCCUCUACAUCCACCUGGUGCUCAACGACAUGGUGCAGCUCAGCGUGGCAGGCCUGCUGCACAUGCUCAGCUACGCCGUGCACACGCUCAACGUCUCCCUCUGCUGCUUCCUGCUGAUGCUCGCCGUCUUCACCACGCUCAACACGCCGCUCAACCUAGCCAGCAUGGCCGUCGAGCGCUACAUCGCCGUGUGCCGCCCGUUGAGGCACGCGCAGAUCUGCACGCCGCGCCGCACCUACGUGCUGAUCGGCCUGAUCUGGGUGAUGGGCGCCGUGCCCAUUCUGCCCGACCUGUUCGUGCUGCUGGCCACCGAGCCCUUGGCCUUCUUCAGCUCGCGCAUCUUCUGCAGUCGGCCGUCCGUCUUCCGGCAUCCGUACCUGGUGGCCAAGAAGAGCGUCUCGCACGUCGCCUACCUGACCGUCGUCUGGCUCACGCUGCUCUACACCUACUUCCGCAUCCUUUUCGCCGCCAAGGCGGCCAAGUCAGACGCCCGGAAGGCGCGCAACACGAUCCUGCUGCACGGCGCGCAGCUGCUCAUGUGCAUGUUCACCUACAUGGCGCCCCUGCUGGACACGCUGUUCACCUACAUCUCGCCCAAGAUGCGCUUCCUCAGCUACCUGAUCGUGCACAUCCUUCCCCGGCUUCUGAGCCCCGUCAUCUACGGGCUGAGGGACCAGGCGUUUCUGAAGUACCUGAAGAACUACUACGUGUGCUGCAGGUGUCACGACGACGGGAGGCAUGCCGCCGCAGCCGCGUCUGUACCACACAAUGUGACCUCUGUGAACCCUUUGUACAGCAAAUAA